GGCGUGCGUCACAACCAGGACGCCUGCCCCGCCCGUCCAGCUCGCCUGCCCGUCGGUCCCCGCGGCGGCGGCGGCUGCCCAGUGACAGCGGCGGCGGUGCCAGGUCGGCCGUGGUAGCGUAGGGUUGCGCGGCCCGGAAACGCAGAGCCGGCCAAAGAGCGGCGCGACGUGAGCCGGGGCCGUGCGCGAAGAGACCUCGCGGGCGCGGAGCGAAAGGCCAGCGUGAGUGAGCGCGGAGACAGUGGCCGCCGGCGGCCCAACCCGUCUAUCCCUUCGGCCGCCGCCGGCAUGAGCCACAUCCAGAUCCCGCCGGGGCUCACGGAGCUGCUGCAGGGCUACACGGUGGAGGUGCUGCGACAGCAGCCGCCUGACCUCGUCGAAUUCGCAGUGGAGUACUUCACCCGCCUGCGCGAGGCCCGCGCCCCAGCCUCAGUCCUGCCCGCCGCCACCCCACGCCAGAGCCUGGGCCACCCCCCGCCAGAACCCGGCCCGGACCGUGUCGCAGACACCAAAGGGGACAGCGAGUCGGAGGAGGACGAGGACUUGGAAGUUCCAGUUCCUAGCAGAUUUAAUAGACGAGUAUCAGUCUGUGCUGAGACCUAUAACCCUGAUGAGGAAGAGGAAGAUACAGAUCCAAGGGUGAUUCAUCCUAAAACUGAUGAACAGAGAUGCAGACUUCAGGAAGCUUGCAAAGAUAUUCUCCUUUUCAAAAAUCUUGAUCAGGAACAGCUUUCUCAAGUUCUCGAUGCCAUGUUUGAAAGGAUAGUCAAAGCUGAUGAGCAUGUCAUUGACCAAGGAGAUGAUGGAGACAACUUUUAUGUCAUAGAACGGGGAACUUAUGACAUUUUAGUAACAAAAGAUGAUCAAACCCGCUCUGUUGGUCAAUAUGACAACCGUGGCAGUUUUGGAGAACUAGCUCUGAUGUACAACACCCCGAGAGCUGCUACCAUUGUUGCUACCUCAGAAGGCUCCCUUUGGGGACUGGACCGGGUGACUUUUAGAAGAAUCAUAGUGAAAAAUAAUGCAAAGAAGAGGAAGAUGUUUGAAUCAUUUAUUGAGUCUGUGCCCCUCCUUAAAUCACUAGAGGUGUCAGAACGAAUGAAGAUUGUGGAUGUAAUAGGAGAGAAGAUCUAUAAGGAUGGAGAACGCAUAAUCACUCAGGGUGAAAAGGCUGAUAGCUUUUACAUCAUAGAGUCUGGCGAAGUGAGCAUCUUGAUUAGAAGCAGGCAAGCCUUGACAUAUUCUGCCAUCUUUUACUGCUGUCUAGGCCUAGGCAGUUUAUGUGAGCAACCAGAGAUGGAUGAAUGGAUGCUUUCAGCAAACAUUUCUGAGUACUGAUGACAGCCUGUGAGCAAGACAGGCAUGCAGGCUCUUUAGCCGUAUGAAAAGAACUGAUGUCCAGGGCUGUGGGAAAAUGGGGAGAACAGGAGCUGCUGGACUCUGUAAAGUCUCUAACUUGGAUGACACAGUCUUCUGAAUUCAUAUAGAAACAUCCCUUUUUGCAAGUGGCUGGUGUCCCAAGGUGUAAUCUCAUACAACAUGAAUGGGUAUGUUUAGGAAAAGGUUUGCAUGAGGGAAAUGGCUUGAAUUCAUUCUCUCCCUCACGUCUUUUUAACAAUGCAGUUAUGGAUGUACAAGCAUUCGAGAGGCUUCUGGGGCCCUGCAUGGACAUCAUGAAGAGGAACAUCUCACACUAUGAGGAACAGCUGGUGAAGAUGUUUGGCUCCAGCGUGGAUCUGGGCAACCUCGGGCAGUAGGUGUGCCACACCCCAGAGCCUUCUUAGUGUGACACCAAAACCUUCUGGUCAGCCACAGAACACAUACAGAAAACAGACAUGACAGAACUGUUCCUGCCGUUGCCGCCACUGCUGCCAUUGCUGUGGUUAUGGGCAUUUAGAAAACUUGAAAGUCAGCACUAAAGGAUGGGCAGAGGUUCAACCCACACCUCCACUUUGCUUCUGAAGGCCCAUUCAUUAGACCACUUGUAAAGAUUACUCCAACCCAGUUUUUAUAUCUUUGGUUCAAAACGGCAUGUCUCUCCAACAAUUUAAGUGCCUGAUACAAAGUCCAAAGUAUAAACAUGCUCCUUUCCUCUCUUGCUGCUACUCUUGCUUUUGGAAGUUACCACAGGGUCUGCAGAAACCUGUUGUAUAACUGUAGACACUCUCUAAUGGUUCUCAAAGGAGGAAAUAUAGCUUUCAGUCUCCUCAUUUGUCCUUUGAGAAAGUCCACAUUUGUUCACAGUUGCAGCCUUUGGUUUUACAGUGGGAAAUGGUGGUGGAUGAUAUGGACAUAUGUAGCCCAGUGGCAUUGUACUUUCUGCUGACAGCUGCACACAUUACAGCUGUCUCCAAACCCACAGUGAUGCUUAGGGAAAGACCCUGCUCAGGACCCAGCAGGUCAGCACCCCAGAGCAGACUGAUAGGUCAGUGGGACCCAUGUUAGAGCAGAAAAUUUGGGCUCAGCACAUUUUACUGUUAGUAGAGAGCCAGGAAACAUUUUCUGGGUUGGGGAUUUUGUGGGAUUUUUAAAUUUUUUUAGUAGGUUUUGUUUAACCUCUGUGCAGUUUGUAUGAAUGAAUUGCUAUACAUUUAUAAGGAGCCAGGGUCUGGAGGGUUGCUAUCACUUUGUCCAGCCCAAAUACCUUCCUGGGCAACUCCUACCAUUUGUUUGCAGUUGCCUCUACUAGCUGAUGGCAGUAUGCUGGAAAGAGGUUGUACUGUAAAGAGAGUUCUUUCCUUCUACUCCAGAGUUGUUGUGUAGCUUUGCCAUUGAACCCAUCAAUUUUUAAACUCUUUAAAGAAGCAGCAGCUAUUUUUUUGAAAUUAAAGAAAAUUCUCAGGCCAGGCUCAAUGGCUCAUGCCUAUAAUUGUAGUGCUUUGGGAGGCUGAGCUGGGAGGAUCGCUUAAGACCAGCCUAGGCAACAGAGUGAGAUCCUGUCUCUACAAAAACAAAAAUUUUUUUUUUUGUUUUCUUUUUGAGAUGGAGUUUCGCUCUUGUUGCCCAGGCUGGAGUGCAAUGGUGCGGUCUUGGCUCACCGCAACCUCCGCCUCCCAGAUUAAAGUGAUUCUCCUGCCUCAACCUCCUGAGUAGCUGGGAUUACAGGCAUGCGCCACCAUGCUGGGCGAAUUUUGUAUUUUUAAUAGAGACAGGGUUUCUCUGUGUUGGUCAGGCUGGUCUCGAACUCCCAACCUCAGGUGAUCCGCCCACCUCAGCCUCUCAAAGUGCUGGGAUUACAGGUGUGAGCCACUGCACCUGGCAAAAAAAAUUUUUUUUUUAAUUUGUCAGGUGUGGUGAUGCACGCAUGUAGUCCCAAAUACUCAGGAGGCUGAGGUGGAAGGAUCACUUGAGCCCAGGAGGUCAAGGCAACAGUGAGCUAUGAUCAUGCCACUGCACUCCAGUCUGGGUGACACAGUGAGACCCUGUCUCUUAAAAAAAAAGAAAAAAAGAAAAAAAAUUAUUCUUUAGGUAAUUUCACUUGGACAUAUUCAUGUAUAUGGAGUUUGUCAGCUGACUCAGGCAUUUACCCUAAAGAUCAAAUCUGUUUUCAAAAAUUGGCAUUGGCCGGGCAUGGUGACCCAUGCCUGUAAUCCCAGCACUUUGGGAGGCCGAGGCGGGCGGAUCACGAGGUCAGGGGUUCAAGACCAGCCUGGCCAACAUAGUGAAACCCCGUCUCUACUAAAAAUACAAAAAAUUAGCCGGGCAUGGUGGUGGGCGCCUGUAAUCCCAGCUACUUGAGAGGCUCAGGCAGGAGAAUCGCUUGAACCUGGGAGUGGAGGUUGCAGUGAGCCGAGAUUGCACCAUUGUAUUCCACCCUGGGUGACAGUGCAAGACUCCAUCUCAAAAAAAAAAAAAAAAAAUUGGCAUCAUUUACAAUUUCAUAGAAUUACUGUGAAGGCCUUUCUAGUUGAGAUGUUGGGGUAUUUGGGAUUCUAAUUGUUAACCCCAGAAGAAGGUAAUUUAGCUUGUAUUUAUUUAAAACCCAUUUAGCCUUUUACUUACAUCUGGUAGAAUUCCAGUGAUCAUCCUAAUAAGGUGUAUUUCAGAAUAAUUUUUUUUUCCUUCAGAAUAACUUAGAAUCAGAUGCUAUAAGGGCUCCUAGGAGCAGUGUGAAAUUUCCGUAAAGAUAAAUUUGAAUGUUGUAACCAAGUUUAUAUUAAACCAAGAGGCCAUUUCCAAUAUGAUUUUUUGUUUCUUUUUAACUUGUUAAGUCCCUAAGAGAUUACAUGCUAGGGCUUGAGUCAUUUCUGUUGUAGAUAAUGAUGGCCCACACAGUCACCUUCAACUGUCCACAUAAGCUAGGCUUUCCGCUUUUGCCACGGACAGUGUGACCAAGAUAUUUCCAGAGUAAAUAACCCACCACAACCUUGGUAAUUCCUCUUUUCUUCUUAAGCUCCAGGAAGCGAAAGCAGAAGGACUCUUUUCAGACUGCCCUCUGUAGCCUACAUUGCAGCUUUCCAAAACAGGCAGCUAGCACUGGGAAAGCCCAUGUGGUGACCGCAUAUUUUUCUGAGGUUCUUCUUUUCCAUGGUGUUACUUUAUUAUCAGAAAGUAAAUUCAGAAAACAGGUCUUGCCCUUAGCAGACAAGAACCACACCAGUUUCUUGCAAAGGUAACGGAUACAUUGGGAUUCAGGAGUGACACAGAGGUCCAGCCCCAGAACUUGUGAGGAUUUUGUUUGAACACUGAGCAGAUGCCUCCUCCCUGCCACCCAUCACACUAGUUAGGGCUGGCCAUGAAUUCUAUGCCAGAGUCACUCCUGCAGUCUGCUAGGGAUGGGCCUUCUUAUCCCACUCUCGCACACAUCCCAGUCUAGUCUUUGCCUUCACAGAGUCCUCCUUGACACCCCUGACUUAAUGAUAGUUGCUGUUUUGGAGUAGAAUUGAUCAGGUUUAAGUCAUCCUGCUCAGGUUGGGCAUAGUGGCUCAUGCCUGUAAUCCCAGCACUUUGGGAAGCCAAAGUGGGAGGAUUGCUUGAGCCCAGGAGUUCCAAACCAUCCUGGGCAACAGAGGGAGACCCUGUCUCUACCAAGAAAAAAAAAAAAGAAAAAGAAAAGUUAAAAAAACAAUUAGCUGGACCUGGUGGUGCACACUCAGUAGGCUGAGGUGAAAGGAUUCCUUUAACCUGGGAGACUGAAGCUGCAGUGAGCCAUGAUCGUGCCACUGCACUCCAGUCUGGGGGACAAAGUGGGACCCUAUCUCAAAAAAAAAAAAAAAAGUCAUCCUCCUCCAACUACUGAUUGACAUAUGGAUCAUCAGUUCAGACCCUCACUGCAUACAGGAUCCCUAGAGGGUUCUAUUUAAUAGCUUGAGGAAGGGAGACUUUAAAAGGACGUGUGUGAGUGAAAUAGGAUAUAGCCAUUACCACGGUGCCAGGACCUGACAGCGUUCCAAUUCUUUUUGCAGCAUGGGGAAUCAAAGGUGGCAUGCCAAGUUCAACUCAGGGCUGAGGUAUCCACAUUGUCCACAUCAGGCAAGCCCUGCACUGAUGGUUGAGCCUCAUGGAGAGGAGCAUGUGUUGGAAAGAGAUCCCUUUGUUAACUGUUUUGUGGUGUUCUCUUCAAUGAAUUAGAGCUCAUGCCCCUUUUCUGGCUUUGCUGUUGAUUUUGGAUGGUAGAGAAUAUUCCUGAGAGCCUUCCUUUUGGCCCCCAGCUUAUCCCACCCACUCUCUUCUCUUGGUUGAAUUCUCUGAAGGAAAGGUUCAUGUGCUAUUGUCCUGUUAGUCAAUAGUCUUCAUAUAUAAUUGUGUUACAUAUAUUGCUGUAGACUCUCAGAAAUCAGGGUAGAGCUUUUCCUUUGAGCAGUUUAAUGAGUGAAUUCAGCAGCAAAGUGGCAAGAAAUGGUUCUUCAGCCAGGAGAGGUUAUGUUUAUCCUCUGAUUGCCCAUUUUCUCUGCACACAGUGAUAUCGUAUUCAAUGAGAGGUGCUGUUGGCACCCAGCAGCACCCUGGGCACACAGCAUUUCAUGUCAUGUCACAGUGUACAAGCUACCCUCUCUAAUUUAGAAAGAAGAGCAUUUUGCACAGAGAAUAAUAAAAAGAUCCAUGAAUGUCAUCUUUUAUCUUUUAUUUUCAGUUGGCUGAUGUUGGAAUUUUUGUUCUUGUCAUGAACUUGUAAACCAAUCUUGCCAAGAUACAAGUUGUUUUGGUUUUUCACUACAGUGACCUCUUGUUCCUCCUGUCUUGACUGCUGACGUUCCUCAAUGAUUCUAUUGUCUAUUUUAUGGGAAGCAGCCUUCCCAUAGGUUUCCUUUUACACACUGCAGGGCUAUCUUUAUACUUAAAAAAAAAAAAAAAAAAAAAAAAGGACAAGAACUGUCACUAACCUCAUGGGGGGGUUUGCGUAAAACCAUUUAGCCCACCUUGAGCAAAGGGUAGAUUCUGUGUUGUUUUUUUAAGCUCACUGUAAUAAAAUAAAUCUAAUUCAGCAUUAUUGUGCUACCUCAAAGGUAAAAAAUGUUUUAAGGUCUUCUUUUGGUCCUGAGUUCUAUAUACAGUGUUUGAAAUGUCUUUCAAUUGGAAUUAUUUUUUAAAUCCUUGGAGUGAAUUUUAUUUUAAUCUGUUUUAAUCUUGUAUUUUAAUCUCAGAAGAAUAAGUGAUUGAAACGUGAUCAAUUCUUGCUCUGUGGUGUUAAACAUAUAAUGAACAGUCAUUAAGAAUUAAGUCACUGUUUGCCAUAAACAAGGUUGAUGUUCUUUUUGUUGUUGUUAAGGAAACCCUAGGGCUCGGCUUUACUCUUGAUUAAUAAAGGCUGACAAAUCA